ACGAUAAACAGCUGCGAAAACACAGCAGUCUACAUGGGAACAGGGCAGAGGAGGGAACACAGUCAUUCUGACUGAUCAGCAGGCCUGAGUGGGAACUGAGCUCAGACAUACACAACAGGCACCCGUGUGUGUGCAGACAGCAGACGAGCAUUUUUCAUCACGAACAUUUGGAGUUUACCAGUCGAUCAGAAAAGGAUCUGCUUUAAUACCUGUGCAGAGUAUCAUUUCUGGGCAAACAUUUUCAAUACAGAAACUGGUGGCGCAGAGGAGCAAUUUCAAAUCAGCAGGAGGUCAAAGAACAUGGGGACCUGCCCCAUCAGAUGUCAAUCCAACAUGACGAUCCUAGAAAAUCCACCUGAAACUGCAACACCAGCCCACCAGGACAGCAUGAUUGUAUCCCUCUAUAACUACCCGUCCCUGGGGCGCACAGAAAUGACCAUGUGCCUUGGGGAACAACUCACCAUCCUAUCAGAUGACGGUGAUUUUAUGAUAGUGCGAUCCACAACCACAGGCCGUGAGAGCUACGUUCCAACCAACUACACCGCCAAGGUGACACACAGGUGGCUGUUCACAGGCAUCAGCAGGUACAAAGCAAUGGAGCUGCUCAUGCAGCCCAACAACCAGAAUGGAGCCUUCUUGAUCCGAGAGUCAGAGACAAACAGAGAUUGUUACUCGCUGUCUGUCCUGAGGAGGAAGUGUGUAAAGCACUACCGCAUCUCUCACCUCCAAAAUGGCUGGGUCUACAUAUCUCCAGGGCUCACCUUCCCCUCCCUACAUCACCUGGUGGAACACUACUCAGAGUCUGCAGAUGGAUUGUGCUGUCGGCUGAGAGAGCCUUGCUUCAUCCACGGAUUUGACGACGCUCGGGAGGCCAGGCCUACACCCACCACUGUCAGGAGGCCUACUAUCAACUGGAAGGACAUUAGCAGGUCAGUGAUCUUCAGGCGGAAGAGAACAGAAUUAGAUAACUCUCUGGUGAGCGAGGGGCUGAGAGAGGCCAUUACCUCCUAUCUCCAAAUGACGGAGAGCGACAAUCACAGCUGGGACACUUGAGGAAAAAUAGUGGAUCAGUCUGAGAGCACAAAUUCAGGAAGAUAGAAGGCAGUCAGAUACCGUCCUGCCUCAUCUGCAGUUUGGGCAAGCCAUUGGAAGAGGUCAUCUGCGCACCCAAAUGUAGUCUUUGUACACUGCCCUGGAGCAGUGGGGGGUGGAGGUUGAGACACUACAAUGUUAGGAGUUGUGACAUACUGUACGUCAGCAAGAAGACUGUUUUUUGUGUCCAAAGCAGCACACAGAGGAGGUGUGAGCCGGACACUGAAUGUCAGUGAGACAUUUGUUCUCAUUUGGUUUCAGAAGUUCAAUGUUUCUCUUAAUUUAUAAUCUAAUCUGUACGUGCUGUUUGAAUGUAAUAAUAUGCAAUAUGUGAAUUAUAUUGUAAUAUGAUUGCCGUCAUGGUUAUGUUAUUGGAAUCCAAUAAUGUAUAUUAGUUAUGUGAUAAAUGAACAACACAUGCAAAUAUGUCAAAUGAUAAAUAUGACCUAAACAUAAGAGAGACGGGCCUGUGUUUUCUUGGUAUAAUAGUGAAAGUUAUAAUAAACA